AUGGCGUGGGUUUUUCAGUAUAAUGCUAGCACUUACAUCUAUGGUUCAGAUAAUGGCCCACUUCCGAAUAGUAAAAAGAAAGAUUGGGCGCAAGCUGAAGGAAGCCGUAGUGCCAUGCUAAAAUUUUUCAAAGACUAUAUAUUUCCCCAAAACUACCGCUAUACCUAUUAUAAUUGCGAGAAAGUUGCAAUUCCUAAUCCUUCCUCAGCAUACAUUCAGACGAAUAUAUCUAAAGAACAAGAUUACCGUUUAUUUGGCUGUAAUUGUCUUGAUGAUACUAUAGCCAUCUUGACUGCAUACAAUGCAUCUGGAGUUCCGCCAAUAAGCGGAAAACUUAAAAGUCCCAAUUCAUGGUUUGAUAAUUUAGCUAAAGUUGGCAACCCUCAAGGAGGUCAAUGGUCGACCAAUAAUAAAAUACCGUGUUGUUGA